AGCCCUAAUCCCGCGAUAAUUUCUCUCGUUUGUCGAUAUAUGUAAGAACGAGUAUUUUGGGAUUUUAGACGAAAUAUUUUACCCUCGGUUUGAUCUUUUUUUCUCGAGUCGAUCGGGGUAUCGGUAACCGCGAGACCCCCCCUUUGUCUUUGUUCCGAUGACGUACCCCGUUCCGCGCACGCAGGCGAUUUGUCUAUCAUUGAACGGAAAUCAUGGAAUCUGGGAGUAACUUGCCCAAUGCGGGCAAUUAUCCUGGAGGCGAUCGUCAGCAGUUCUGCGUCUCAUGGAAUUCCCACCAAUCCAACAUGCACAGUGCGUUUCCAAAGUUGCUGAGCUCAGAGCAGUUUGUGGAUGUGACUUUGGCUUGCGACGGAGGCUCGAUAAAAUGUCACAAAGUCGUGUUGUCCGCCUGUAGCGACUAUUUGGAGCGCCUACUGUUAGAGAUACCGUGUACUCAUCCUGUUAUCUUUUUGAGGGACAUGAAGAUGUGGGAACUUCAAGCUCUGGUCGAAUUUAUGUAUCGUGGGGAGGUGUACGUCGAGCAACAACAACUCGCUACAUUGAUGCAAGCAGCAGAAGUUUUACAGGUUCGUGGCUUAUCUACUCAGGGAUGCGAUAACUCGUCGAAUGAGAGCAAUACACAAUCGUGUGAUUCUAACGCACCUGUCACUCCGUCGACGCCUACUCACGGUGACAGUACUAAUUAUAAAGCCGAUAAUACUUCAUCCAAUGACGGAAGUACCUCCGACUUCCUUUCAUGUUCGACAAUGCCCGCAACUAGCACAGGGAACAAUUCGUCCACCAUCACCCCUGUCUCACACAAUCCCAAUACAACUAACUUUGUAAACAUGGAACAUAGCGAAGCGUUACAACAUCUAGAGAAGGCUUUAAGUGCUUGUGAGGCGACUCUCACUGAAACUCAGGGUAUGGUGAAGAUGGAGCCGGACGAGCAGUUCACUCAGCAGCAAGAUGUCAAACCAUAUUCCAUUAGUAUGGUACCCAGUAGUAAUUGUAAUCCUAGCAGUCCAUUUCCUCCAAUCGAAGGUUAUCAAAGACGACAAAGGCGUUCAGAAGAAGAACUCAAACUAGCUUCGGAUAUGGUGUCACGUGGCAUGACAUUUCAAGUAGCCUCGGAAAAGUACAAGAUACCGAUCAGCACAAUUCGAUUCUACAUGGUCAGAAAGGGCAUCCUGCAGAGGCGAAAACGCGGUCGUGGCUCCAGCAACCUCGGCAUGAACAGUCAACCGGGUAGUCCGGCCAGUCCACCGUAUCAUAUGAUGAGUUACCGUUUGCCGGAGAGCCUAAAUUCCAGCCUACCGUAGUGCUGUAUAAAGAAGUAGUGAGUUUUUAGACUUCAGUUUUGAAUCGAACAAAUUUUUUAUCGCCGCAUCCAUAGAGCUGUUCCAGACCGCGUCUUAUCGAUAUACUUUUAACUCCCUUGCACUGAGAGUUUAUUUAUAUUUUAUAUUACUAUUAUUUUUUUUUUCUCCUUUUAAUUUGCACUUCAUUAUUCAUUCGCAGCGCAGCGAUACGUUUGCGUUGUUUGAUUUACAAGACUUUUAUAUUUAUGGCAUAUAAAUGUUUUUCCGCAUUUUUAUGCUAUCGUCGACCGCGUGCGUAUGAUAGAGAUAUAAUUUGUGUCUCGAACAGCUCCGCUCCAUGUAUAUAAAAAAAAUACCAUAUGUAAAAGUUCGGACACAGCAUUAAGUUAAAUAUCUCGCACGCCUUAUAUCACGUUUAUGUUGAAUUCAGUGUCCUUAGGAAGACUGCCUAAAAUCUAAAUUUUUUCUUUUUUUCUUUUUUUUUGUGGGUAUAAAGAUACGUGUUAUUAUAUUGUGGAAUAUGCUAUAUUCCAUUUAUUGACGCAUAUAACGGUCACAUCAAGGGGGGGGCACAUUACAGAAUAAAAUAUAGCACAUUGCGGGAGAACUUUGGCAAAAUAUUAUGAAUUAAUACUGAUAAAUAAUAAUAAUAAUGUGAUUCCAUACUUAUAAGUAUUUGCGUUUUAGGCAAAUGACAGUAAAAAUCAAAAGAUAUUAGAUUGUUGCAUUUAACUAAUUACGUUUUCAGAUCUUAUUAUUUCGAAACUUUUUUUAUACGCAGGAUUCGUAUACAUAAGCGCCCUUAAUAUAUAAUGAUAAGACAGGGAAAUGUUCUAUGGAAUAUAGAUAUACUGAUACAAAUGACAAUUUCUUUAUGCUGUGGACGAACGUUGCGCGUAUGGUUGAUUCUCAGCCGUGUUCCGUUCUUCUACUUAGUGACCGUAUGUAGCUAGCCUGCAUAUGUGGAUAGUGUGAGAUAUGUUUUUGGAUCUUACAUCAAUGUCGCUCAUAGCGAGAAACAGAUUUACAAAGUACAGUUCGGAAAAGAAAAGAAAAGAAAAGAUAAAAAAAAAAAUA